UUUGAGCUGUAUAUGACCCCUACAUAAUAGGGAACUGACACCGCCGGUGGAGGGCUGGCAGUCAGUAAUACAGCUCAAGCUACGGCGUCUCGGUUUGGACAAAAAGUGUCGUUUCCAGUCCAUCAACGACGAUGGGUGACACGAUUUUUGAAGAAUUAGAAGAUUUGAUGCAUUUUUCUGUUGCCGAUUUGCCCGCUCGUGGAUAUGCAGUGAUGGAGGAGAUCCGACGACAAGGGAAACUGUGUGACGUUACCCUAAAAGUAGGAGAGCACAAAUUCAGUGCUCACAGAAUAGUCCUUGCUGCUUCUAUUCCAUACUUCCAUGCCAUGUUCACCAAUGACAUGGUGGAAUGCAAACAGGAUGAGAUCGUCAUGCAGGGCAUGGACCCCAGUGCACUUGAAGCCCUAAUAAACUUUGCCUACAACGGACACAUAGCCAUAGACCAACAAAACGUCCAGGCCCUCCUGAUAGGGGCCAGUUUCCUGCAGCUUCAAAAUGUCAAAGAUGCCUGCUGCUCUUUUUUACAACAGAGGUUGCAUCCAAAGAAUUGCCUUGGUGUAAGGCAGUUUGCAGAGACUAUGAUGUGCACCACGCUUUAUGAUGCAGCCAACAGCUUCGUUCACCAGCACUUUGUGGAGGUAUCCAUGUCUGAGGAGUUCCUGACCCUUCGGCCGGAGGAGGUGCUUGAGCUUGUGGGCUGUGAUGAGCUCAACGUCCAAGCAGAGGAGCAGGUGUUCGAGGCCAUACUUGCUUGGGUACGGCAUUCACGUGAAGAUCGGGAGUCACGGUUACCAGAGUUAAUGUCUAAAACCCGUCUGCCUCUAUGUCGACCUCAGUUCCUUGCUGACCGAGUCCAACAAGAUGAGCUUGUACGCUGCUGCCACAAAUGCAGGGACCUUGUCGAUGAGGCGAAAGAUUACCAUCUGAUGCCAGAGCGAAGGCCACAUCUCCAAGCCUACAAGACCCGACAGAGAUGUUGCACAUCCAUUGCGGGCUUAAUCUAUGCGGUUGGGGGCCUCAAUAGUGCUGGUGACUCAUUAAAUGUUGUGGAAGUAUUUGAUCCAAUUGGAAACUGUUGGGAGCGAUGCCAACCUAUGAGCACAGCCCGCAGUCGAGUGGGUGUUGCUGUCGUGAACGGGCUGCUUUAUGCCAUUGGUGGUUAUGACGGUCAAUCACGGCUUAGAACUGUAGAAGUUUACAACCCAGAAACUGACACGUGGACCAAAGUUGCUAGCAUGAAUACUCAACGCAGUGCAAUGGGAACAGUCGUAGUUGAUGGGCAUAUAUAUGUGUGUGGUGGAUAUGAUGGCAAAUCUUCUCUAAAUUCGGUUGAGUGCUAUUCUCCAGAGACUGACAGAUGGACGAUAGUUACAGAAAUGAGCGCAAGCCGCAGUGCUGCUGGUGUUACUGUAUUUGAAGGCAGAAUAUAUGUUUCAGGUGGUCAUGAUGGUCUACAGAUCUUCAACACGGUGGAGUACUACAACCAUCAUACAGCAUUAUGGCAUCCUGUGGCUCCCAUGAUAAACAAGCGCUGUCGGCACGGUGCUGCAGCCUUGGGCAGCAAUCUGUAUGUGGCAGGAGGUUACGAUGGCUCCGCGUUCCUCAGUGGAGCAGAGGUGUACAGCUCAGUAGCAGAUCAGUGGAGCCACUUAGUGGCCAUGAACACUCGACGCAGCCGCAUUUCUCUUGUGGCCAAUUGUGGUCGACUCUAUGCAGUGGGAGGUUAUGAUGGACAGUCCAAUCUCAGCUCUAUGGAAAUGUAUGACCCAGAAACGAACCGUUGGAUGUUUAUGGCACCGAUGGUUUGCCAUGAAGGCGGGGUAGGGGUGGGCUGUAUACCCUUACAGCCCGCUUAACGCCACAGUCUCCCUCAGCCCAUAAGGACAUUUUAAUUAUUUA